CUUCUACCUGCAGGCUUAUCUAAGCGCUUAGGGUUUCCUCUCUCCCUUGGACAGCCACUGAGCCAACCCUAAUCGAAGGGUCAGGUCUUAAGUAAAGGAAUCUUGUUAAGUGUGUUUUGUUUCAUCUUUCAUGUCUGACAUUGAUCAGCUCCCUAGUGCUUUUGAUCCUUUUGCGGAAGCAAAUGCUGAUGAUUCUGGAGCAGGGUCAAAAGAGUAUGUGCACAUUCGCAUACAACAAAGGAAUGGUAGGAAAAGUUUGACAACAGUUCAGGGAGUGAAAAAGGAAUACAGCUACAGUAAGAUACUCAAGGAUCUUAAGAAAGAGUUCUGUUGUAACGGUACCGUUGUUCAGGACCCUGAGCUAGGACAGGUUAUUCAGCUUCAAGGCGAUCAGAGAAAGAAUGCAUCUACCUUCCUUGUUCAGGCGGGUAUAGCGAAGAAGGAGCAUAUCAAAAUGCAUGGAUUUUGAGGAGCUGCUGGAGACUUAAGAAUCCUAAACCAUCCAUCCCUUUCAUGUUUUAGUGCAUAUAAACACUUAUGGUUCAUGUCAUUAAAUACUGUCGUUUUUCUUUGCAUGUGACUAUCUAUCAUGUCGGGGGAACUUAUGAAAGCUGUAGAAUGCUUUCUUACUGUUUUAUUCUUCUUUUGAAAGACUGAAAUUAGGUUUAGUGUUUGCCUAUCUUACCUA